CCUGAGAUCUCCAGCAGGUGUUAUAAGCAGGAUGACUGAAGCUCAAUUGAUCAGAUCAGAACAGCUACCUUUUACAGAUAUUCACAAACGGCAGCAUGGUAUUGACUGGCUUGAACAAGAUUAAUUUGCCCUUGGGUGUUUUGCUGGGCUUGGUGCUAUUAUUGGGCACUGGUAAAGCCCAAAGUAACCAAGAUUGCUGCCUCUCUUAUACCAAGGAACCUUUGCCUCUCAGGAUUAUUACUGGAUUCACAAAACAGCUUUCCAGUGAAGUUUGUGACAUCAAUGCAAUAAUUUUUCAUCUUAAAAAAGGAUGGCGAGCCUGUGCAAACCCUCAAGAUGGUUGGGUGAAGAAACACCUCCACCGACUGAACAAGAAGAGGAAAAUGUCCAAGAAAAUGUCACAGUUAAAUGGUUUCUGAAAUGGAGCACGAGGCAGAGCCUGAACCUAAAACAGGUUGGAAUUCUUUCAUUGUACACUGUUGUGUGCUUGCUGAUUGCUAAUCCCUGGAUUGUCUGGAGCCUCCAAAAGUGAUUCAUAUUGCAUCAUUAACUGUAAACAAAGUAUCACUUAAAAGCUGCUUUGUUCACUAACAUAGGGUCAGAUUUUGUGACAAAUGGAUGGUUAAAUUAUAUUAUAUACAGUAUAUGCCCUACUAAGGAAAAGUUCUCACCCCUUUUGUCAUGUGAUCCACAUCUCAGUGCCCAUCACCAUUGCAGGCCAAUGAUAGUAAAGUAUGUAUUAAUAGUAGUCAUUCAUAACAUUUGAUUGAAUGUUACUAUCUCUAGACUGAGCCUAAUGUUUUUACUUACUAUUCAUAUAAGAAAUAUCUAUGUAUUCAUACUUUUGAUAACAAGCUAUACUAAAUAAGACUGUUCAUACAGAAAUACUGGAUGCAUGUAGUGGAAGUAUUUAUAUUAGAACAUUUUAUGUAAAUUUGAAAGAGACUGAAAUAUGAACAAAUAAACUUUUUAAAUGG